GGGGCUUCGUCGCCGCCGGCCGUCAGACUGGCUUGCUGGCACUGGACCGCGCCGGCGAGAGGAUGCGCUGCAUCAUGUCGUCCAUACUGCGGCGGAGGUAGGCGUGGACAAUGUGGCGCUGGCACAGCACGCCGUCGAGGUCGAUCCUAACGCGACCCAGGCGGGGCUAGGCUUGGAUGCGUCGCCACCCGACCUCGUCGUUGGUGGGCACGCAGAGCUCGGCGUCGACGAUGGGGCGCUCGUCGAGCAUGGCAUCGAGGUCGAUCCUGACGCGGAGACUCAGGCGGAGCUCGCCUUGGAGGCGCCAGCACACGCAGAGCUCGUCGUUGGUGAUGCGACGCGGGGUACUCAGGGCAUGGGUCCGGACCUUGGCGCGCUGCUGAACAAGGUGGAGGCUCUCAUGAAUGACGUUGAUGCGCUCGUCGACGUGGUCGCGGCGUUCGUCGACCGGGUCACGGGUGUCCACGGCAUGGAGGAGGAGGAUGGCUUCGCUGCGUUGCUUGACGCGGUCGUGGAGUUCGUCAGCCAGGUCGCGUGUGUCCGUGCCAUGAAGGAGCGCUUCGCUCGGCCAAGAUCGACAGGGUCUGUGGGAAAUGGCUUUCCUCGGCCAAGAUGGAUGUUGCAUGUGGGUAAUGGCUUGGAUGAAGAAGAAGUGAUAAUACCACCUGAAAUUCUAGGUUCGUGCACGCGCCCUGGUCUCGAUGCAAUGAUGAACUAUAUGAAGAGGCGGAUGGAAGCAAUUGAAAAGAAAAACAAAAGGAAAAGAUGUGAAACAGGAUGGUAGCAUGAGAGUUGACCUGUUUUAAGUUUGAUGAUUUUGCAUGUAAGACUGAAUAUUUGCAUGCAUCUGCAUGUUGAACUUUUCGCAUGAA